AUGAGCCCGCCGGAAGCAGGGGUCCGAAACGGUGCCGUUCCAACGAAUCAAAACCAACAGGGAGCGACUCCCACGGAUACGCAAUCUGAAGGAACGGGCGUCGAAGACAUAUACCCCCAGCCCAAUGAAGUCGCCGACGAUGGCUUAAGCCAGGAAGAGUGCAUGGAAGAAGAGAUCACUCAGCUUGCUCGCCGAUUUACCUCCCACUCUCAACACCAGCCGUCGCUCUUCCCGCUUCCAACUAAUGGCCCCCUGAACCCUGAAAGCCCCGACUUCAACCCCAGAAAAUGGGCCAAGGCCUUUUUCGCCCUACGCAGGGGUUGUGGUGACGGCGUGCCCCCUCGAACCACUGGCAUAGCCUUUCGGGACCUUAGCGUCUACGGCUUCGGAACGGCGACGGACUAUCAAAAGACGGUUGGCAACCUCGCACUUGAGGGCGUCACAGUUUUCAAGAAACUUCUGCUGCAGCAGAAGCAGCAGCGAAUCGAUAUUUUACAUAACCUCGAAGGCGUCGUACACAACGGUGAGAUGCUUGCUGUGCUUGGCCCCCCUGGUUCAGGCUGCUCGACGCUUCUGCGCACCAUCGCCGGAGACACCCAUGGGUUCCACGUCAGCGACGAUACCACCAUCAACUAUCAGGGUAUACGAGCGGAGCAAAUGAAGACUGCGUUCCGAGGCGAAGCGAUCUAUACUGCCGAGGUUGAUGCCCAUUUUCCCCACAUGACCGUGGGAGAUACCCUUUACUUCGCAGCACUCGCUCGUUGUCCCAAGACAAUUCCAGACGGCGUCUCUCGCAGCGAGUAUGCAGAGCAUCUGCGUGAUGUUACUAUGGCCAUGUUCGGAAUUUCUCACACCAAAAACACACGUGUCGGAGAUGAUUUCAUCCGAGGUGUCAGCGGUGGUGAGAGAAAGCGAGUUACGAUAUCGGAGGCCGCCCUCAGCCACUCGCCGUUGCAGUGCUGGGACAAUAUUAUUGUUCUAUACGAAGGUCGGCAGAUAUUCUUUGGCCGAACGGAAGAGGCGAAAGCCUAUUUCGAAGGGCUUGGGUUUAUCUGUCCAGAACGUCAGACGACAGCCGAUUUCCUCACAUCAAUGACCAGCCAUCAGGAACGCGUUGUACGACCUGGCUGCAAUACCCCGCGCAGCCCCGACGAGUUCGCCGACGCAUGGAGACAGAGUGAGCACCGACUUCGGCUCGUGAACGAGAUCGAUAACUACCUUGACCAGCAUCCUUUCAACGGCAAGCAUUACAAUAGCUUCCUGGCCUCGCGCCGGAGUGAUCAGGCAACUUCCCAGCGCGAGAGCUCUCCCUUCACUCUAUCGUAUUGGCAACAAGUGAAGCUCACUUUAUGGCGUAGCUGGGUUCUGCUCAAGAGCGAUCCGAGUAUGACUUUGACCAUGCUCGUCACCAACAUCUUCAUGGCCCUUGUCAUGUCCUCCAUCUUCUACAACAUGCCGAACGACUCCAGCAGCAUUUCAAGGCGUGGUACUCUCAUGUUUUUCAUCGUCCUGACUAAUGCCUUUGGCAGUAUGUUGGAAAUUAUGACUCUCUAUGCUAAAAGGCCUAUUGUCGAAAAGCAUAACCGAUACGCCCUAUACCAUCCGAGUGCCGAAGCCUUAGCGGCUAUGAUUGUCGAUUUACCCUACAAGACGGUUAAUUCGAUUUUGACUAACCUCGCGAUCUAUUUCAUGUGUAAUUUACGACGUGAGGUCGGGCCGUUCUUUUUCUUCUUCCUGGUCAUCUACAUCGUAACACUUACCAUGUCGAUGAUGUUCAGGCUUAUGGGUUCCCUCACGAAAACUAUUGCGCAAGCUCUAGCACCGGCCUCUGUCAUCCUACUUGUUAUCUGUCUGUACACCGGGUUCGCCAUCAGAAUCCAAUACAUGCAGGUCUGGCUAGGCUGGCUACGCUGGAUUAACCCUGUCCAGUAUGGAUUUGAGAGCCUGCUUGUGAACGAGUUCGUCGGACGCGCAUUUCGCUGCGUCGCGUUUGUGCCAGCCGGCCCCGACUAUGGAUCCGUCGAGCCCAGCCAGCGCGUCUGCACCGUCGCCGGCUCGACCCCUGGCUCGGACUCCAUUGAGGGCGCCGCGUAUAUCAAUGCUUCGUAUGGAUAUCAGAGCGCCAACAGGUGGCGCAACGUCGGUAUCAUGAUCGUCUUUGGCAUCGCCUUCAUGGUUGGACACCUGGUAGCCGCGGAGUACGUGGCUUCGGAACGAUCUAAGGGGGAGGUCUUGGUCUUCAGGCGCAAAGCGAUAAGCUCGCGGGGACAAAAAGCUCAGGACAUCGAGAGUGGGUCGAGCAAUCGUCCAAGCGACAAGAAUCCCAACGCUGGCUAUUCCUCUGGGGACGCCGCAAACAUGGAAAGGGCUACAUCAAUAUUCCAUUGGAAGGACAUCUGUUACGACAUUAAGAUUAAGGACGAGCCGCGCAGGAUUCUGGAUAACGUUGAUGGCUGGGUCAAACCCGGAACUUUGACGGCACUCAUGGGAGUUUCUGGUGCGGGUAAAACAACGCUUCUAGAUGUCUUGGCGAGCCGAGUGACCAUGGGCGUCAUCUCAGGAAGCAUGCUGGUGGACGGAAACCCUCGGGAUGCUUCGUUCCAGCGUCAAACGGGAUACGUCCAGCAGCAAGACUUACACCUACAUACUUCGACCGUUCGAGAGGCUCUAUCCUUCAGCGCCAUGCUACGGCAGUCUUCGAAAUACUCACGCCAGGAAAAGCUGGAUUACGUCGACACUGUCAUCGGUCUCCUGGAUAUGCAGCAGUAUGCCGACGCCGUGAUCGGUGUCCCUGGCGAGGGCCUUAACGUCGAACAACGCAAGAGACUCACUAUUGGGGUCGAAUUAGCUGCAAGACCUCAGCUUCUUCUUUUCCUCGACGAACCUACCUCAGGCCUCGAUAGCCAGACCUCGUGGUCAGUCUGCAACCUAAUGGAGAAGCUUACCAACAGCGGCCAGGCUAUCCUCUGCACGAUUCAUCAGCCCUCGGCUAUCCUGUUCCAGCGUUUUGAUAGGCUUCUUCUCCUCGCCCGGGGGGGUCGCACAGUUUACUUUGGUCCUAUCGGGAAGAACUCCCAGACUCUGAACGAUUACUUCGUCCGCAACGGUGGUCCUGCCUGCACACCGGAGGCCAACCCUGCAGAGCACAUGUUACAUGUGAUUGGUGCAGCUCCGGGAACACACAGCGAGAUCGAUUGGCCGGAUGUUUGGCGACGCAGCCCAGAGUACCGAGGCGUACAGGAUGAGCUCGAGAGAUUGGAAGCCGGUCGUCGCCCUAUCGAAGAAAAUCAGGACUUAUCUAAGUUUUCGGAGUUCGCUGUGCCCUUGAGUCUGCAAUAUAGGGAAGUUUGCUGGCGCGUCUUCCAGCAGUAUUGGCGCAGCCCAUCAUACCUAAUGUCCAAAGCCUUCCUAUCCUGUGGAGCUGCUCUAUUCAUUGGCUUAUCUUUUCUAAACAUUAAAAACACUCAGGACGGCCUUCAAAACCAAAUCUUUGGAGUGUUCAUCUUCCUCACAGUUUUCAGUCAGCUCGUCGACCAAAUCCUACCUAUUUUCGUUUCUCAGCGAACCAUGUACGAGGCUCGCGAGCGCCCAUCCAAGACGUACUCUUGGGUGGCCUUCCUUGGCGCGAACAUGCUCGUUGAAGCAUUUUGGAACUCACUUCUUUCAGUAUUGAGCUACAUACUAUGGUACUUCCCAAUGGGCCUUUACCAGAACGCCCGACAAACUGGUGCGGAACAUUCCCGUGGUGUGACGGUGUUCCUUUUCGUUUGGGUAUUUUUCCUCUUCUCAAGCACCUUUGCCCACCUCAUUAUUGCCGGCCUAGACAGCUUUGAGGUGGCUGGAGGCGUCGUCGGUCUCAUCACCGUUCUGAUGUUCUCUUUCUGCGGUAUCUUGGCCGGCCCCAAAGUCCUGCCUGGUUUCUGGAUCUUUAUGUACCGUGUCAACCCAUUCACAUACUUCGUCGAAGGCUUCCUGGGCACGGCGCUUGCAAAUGCAGCGGCCAUCUGCUCUGACAACGAGUACGUCUCUUUCAACGUCCCGAACGGAAGCACCUGCGGCGAGUACAUGCAGUCAUACCUUGAGAUAGCCGGAGGCUUCGUCGAGGACCCUGAUAGUACUGGCCGGUGCCGAUUUUGUGCCAUUGCCGACACGAAUACGUUCCUUUCUGGCAUCAAUGUGGACUUUGCAAACAGGUGGCGCAAUUUUGGCUUCAUGUGGGUGUUCAUCGUCUUCAACGUGGUUGUCGCAACGGCACUAUAUUGGCUGGCUCGUGUGCCCAAAAAGUCCAAGGUAAAGAGUGAGUAA